ACAAAGGCGGUGGCGGAGAGAGCGGCGAUGAUGGAGGCGGUAGUAGUCGGAAGAAACGAAGCGCAGACAAAGAGAAACGAAGUAAAAAUGAAGCGGAUGCUGUUGCAGAGAUUGACCCUGUGCCGGAGGAAGAAGAGAACGAUGAAGAUCUUAAUACAGACGACGAAAUAUUGAAUGCAUCCAUAACGAUUAGCUCGAAUUCGAACGUUUCGACAACGGAGAAGCUUCUCUAGCAUCAGGGGUCCGACGCUGGUAGCAUCGGUCAUCUGGUUACCAGCGUCUCGACGGCUGCCGCCACCGCCGCCGCUGCCCUUCCCGCUGCCAGCGCAUCUAUGCUGCCCCCACACUCUCACGAUAGCAAUAGCCACAACAAUAGUCUCAACAACAGUAAGCGAAGUAACACGUCCGGUCGUAGCAGUGGGAACACCAAGGCCACGGUUCACAUCAACGGAAUCGCGGUCGAUCAUUUCCAACAGAAUUCAGACGUCGACGAAGAUCGAACCUCGAUAGCGGCCUGUCAGAAUAGCGACAUUCAAGGAUUCAUAUCCUACUCCAGCGACAGCAGCAUGAUUGAACUGAACCUGAAGUUCAAAAAAUGCGCCUGCAAUGAAAACAUAAUCAACAUUUCCAAAGAAAACCUACAAAAUCAGCAACAACAACAACAACAACAGAAAGAACAACGAAACUCGGAAUCAUCGUUGGCCAUCGCAACCAGUUUUUCUUCUGCCGAAGGUCUGCUGAAUGAGUCAGCGACAGGAUGCGAGGGAGCUUCUGCAACCGCCGCCACCGCCACACCAUUCAGCAAAGAAGGUAAAAGUAAGAAAUUACUACAGUUAAACAAAGACAAUUUGAAUAGUUUAGUGAAUAAACUGAACGAUACGAAUAGCUCAUCCUCAUCGUGUACAAAGUGUAGAUUAUCGUUAGAUAUAAACAAUAUUUUAAAUCAGAUCGUAAGCGAUGGAAAAGUCAAGUAUGCAACCCAGGCUAAAGCGAACGAACCGGAACCGAUGAAGAUCGUUGCCAAUGCCAUCGAUCCGGUGGAGGAAGAGUGCAAUCGAACGUUGAAGGUAGUAAACAAGCUUGGUAGUCCCCCAAAGGCAGCCAGUUGGUCCCCGUUGCUUCCGUCCCCGUGUUCCCCUUCCCCGUCCCCUUCGCCGAGCGUUUCCACAGACGAUCCCAAUCUCCUUCAGCGACGCCACAGCGAAACCGUUGAGCGCCGAUCCAUCGGUACUCAACAUGGACUGAAGUCCGGCUAUCGCAAGAAGCAUCAGCUUCGUAAAGGUAAAACCCAAGUAGAGGAAAUUAUUGUCAUUUCCGAUGAAUUCCGCAGACAAUCAUUAUCGGACCAAACGGUUAAAAUCCAGAAGGCGAAAAAGUACUCCAAAUCAAUGGAAAGCAUCGAUAAGCAGGUGGACGAGGAGUCCGGAAAAAUUGGAGGCGGAGUGUUCGAGUGUCUCCACCUGGACGAGGAUACCCUCACGGUGGUAGUCGAUUCCGGCGCGCCACCGAAUGGUCACAAAAAGUCCAAGUCCAAGUCGGUAGACGAUAUCUCACUCGGCUCCAACCACAAUGAGGAAGAGUUCGCUCCCGUUGGUAUGCUGUCCAAUGCUGCCAACAGCGUCGAGCUGGUAUUCAUUUCGAAUGAGUUCGUUCAAAGAAAGACACGAACCAGCUCCGAUGUCAUCAUCGUCGAUGCGAACAGAAAAAGCCUCAAACGAAGGAAAUCCUCUACGAAAAACCUAAUCAUCAUAACCGACGACUACAAGGAGAAAUCGGCCACCGCCCAGAGCGACGUGAGGAUCGUCAAGAGCAGUUCUCUCAAAUCGAAAGACUCACGCCGCAAGACUACCAUUUCCAACUCGAGCAGUUUUCUGACCUACGAGGAACCGUUUUCGCCGGAAACGCUGGAGAGCAAAGACAUCGGAACGUUGUUUGCCGAGGCGAGUGCUGCGGAUGCUGCAGCUUGCGCAGCGUCCAACUCCAAAUCUGAUCUGAAUUCACCUUAUUGCCGUCCCAUGUAGCACAAAAAAAAAACAAGCAAAAUAUUAUUACAAGUAACUGUUGUAUAACGCAGAUUCACACUAAUCAAAUAACCGUACUGGUAACCAUUCAAAAACGAGAAUAUGUAUACAAUAUUCCUCCUCGCCAGAUGCUUCCUACUGAGAAGAUACUUUAAACUGAACACACUUUACUAACCAAGUGAGAGAAAGCGAGACCCGAGUCCCUAAAUAUUUUUAUACGAUCACAGUAGGUAGAAAGAGUGUGUUGAACGUUGACUAGCGCGAAAACUACCGCUUCCUGUGUAUAAAUAAUUUUGCAUUCCUCCUUAUUAGCCAAAUUGCGUGAUUAUAGUUCUUUUCUUUAAGCUGCUGUUUUUUUGUCUCUAUACAAGUUUGCAUUUAUCUGUCUUGUGCACAUGAAAGAAGGUGUUGGUACUUUCCCUUGUUUCCUGUGCCAUCCAUCGCUAUCUGCUAGGACCCCGUUAUGAUGAGCUCAUUUGCAUGAGCCGACCGACUGUACUUCAAUCUUACUUUCGCAAGUGAAAGCACAAUCUUCUUUAGAAGAAGCUCGAAAUAGAAACAUCAAACAACUGAAUCUGUUCUGCUGCAUAUAUGUAUACAAGGUCGAUCACACAAACACUCAAAUUUAGAGGAAGGUAAUAUUUAACGAACGCACUCGUACAACCAAGGACUGCAUAAACAAGUAAAUUAACCUAACUAAAAGAAAAAUAAUAAACAUAAACAAAUAUGAAAUUGUGACUGUACUGUUAGUAGUAAUAGUAGACAAGAGAAAGAACCCCCUUUUGUCCCGUUUUUGAUCUUCGAAAUUAUUAUACAUUUACUUAACCGAGGUAGACAAAUCUAGUGACUGAGAGGGGCUGAAAGAAAAAUGAAAAAAAUGUCGUAUCUUGUAGGUUAAAUUGAAUGCAAAAUAUGGCAAAAUCUACUAGCAUUAAUCAUAAAGCAAAAGAAAAUCUUUAUAUGAGUAAGGUGUUGAUGUAUAACCCAAAAAUCGAAUUCAUCAAAUUACCACACAAGGAAAAUAGAAAUAACAUCAAAACAAACAGCAAGUACCCACAAUUCACAGAAAGGUAUUCGAAUCGAGUGUUUUCCUUUCUUAGUUGUGAUAUUGUACCCGUUAGUGAGUGGAGAAGAAACACCGAGAGAACGAAUGCAAGCGAAGGUGUGUCUAGACGAACCCCCGACCCCCUCUUCCACGUUUUUUUCCCCACAAGUUUCUACACUGAGAGUCCCCUUCGUGGAGUGAAUACUAUUAUACCCUUCGUUUAGACGAGUACGUAUGUAUGUGUGUAAUAAUGGCAUCAGACGCAAGCAAAAGAAUAUUUAGCAGUUUAUUAUUAUUAUUGUGAGGAAAAAAGCAAACAAACCGUUUUUAAAAUUUAUUAUCCAAUUAUUAGUCCAAGUGAAGAAAUCCGAAACCAGACUAUUAUUAUGAUUAUUUAAAUGGUAAAAAUAGUAUAUAUUAGUUGUCAGUUGUCAUAAGAUUAUACAAAGGCAAAAGAAAGUGGAAGGAAGAAACAAUGAUAAAGAAGUAUAAGGAAAUUAUAUAAAAUCAACUGUUAUAAGUGAAACCCACAAAUAGGCA